AUGGCAUCAGCCCUGACUGCCGCUGGCACCCUGUUGGAUGCGAAGGUGUGCUUCCAUGCAGACUGCCCGAUUAGCGACCACCAGCCACAGCUUUUCCGUGCCAACUGCGGCGGCCGCUUUGUCGAGGUUCUUACCUGGAAUGUCAUGGUGCGUGGCCGCUCGGGGCAGGUGGGCCGCCAGGGGACGGCGCUCGAAGGCCGUGCGCUGACGAACAACGGCCUGGACUGUGACGAAACUCCGGAGGCAUAUGCGCUGCGCCUGCGCGAUCGGGUGGCGCCAGCUGUGGCAAAGUGGCUAGCUUCUGCUGCCAGCGCUUGGGUCGCCAGUUUCCAGGAGUUUCCAGCGCACCCACUGCUCCAGGAGGAAUUCCUGGCGGUGCUUCGCCAAACCAGAGCUUCAGUGCAGCUUGCAGUGGGCUCUGGCAAAACCAAGGGUGGGGCCAUCGAGCUGGCAAGCUAUUGCAACGCGGUGGCAUGGGCUGGUGACAUCUGGACGGAUCCGCCACAAGAGGUCUCCGUCUCAUUUCCUGGCCUGGGCUUGGUGCUCAACGGAUCUGACUGGCGGCUGAGUGUGCUCAGCUUCCACCUGCCCUUCGUGGAUGCACCGGGCGGGCCGAGGUAUGGCGAAAGUCUCCAGGCUGCCAAGGCCUUCUUGCGCCGUCUCGGGGGCUGGCUUGCCGGACCUUUGCUGGCCGCUGGGGAUUUCAACACCAGCGUGGAGCUGCUGGAAGAUGAAGCACGGAGCGUCGGCGCGGAGCUCGCCCUGAUGCCGAAGUCCGCUGUCUUUCGGGACCAGCAGCUUUCAACAGACGGCUGCGUGCUGCUUGCCAAGCCGGGCGGUGCCGCGGAUGUCGAAGCAAUGAGUCAAGUGGAAGGAGUGUACCGUGGUUCCUGCGCGGGGCUGUUUGCCGGCAUGGAUCGCGACGCUUUUGUCAGCAAGUACAUCGCCCAAAGCCUGCACGAGGAGCCCAGGCUUUGGCGUUUGAGCGAUGGCGGAGUGGCGACGCUUGGACGAUGGGCCUUCGCCGAGCAGCCAAAGGAGCUGACCAGGCAGCAAGUGGUUCUGGAGGCGGUUGCUGCUCCGACAGCGGAGGAGCCGCGGGACUUCGGAAUGCCAGAGGGCGCGGUGGCCGGCGGGCCUGGUGCACCGCCGCAGGCCCAGGCGCGCAUCCCAUCACCCUUGCCCGUGUCUGCGCUGCGAGAGGGCUCCGAUGCGCAGGGCUGGUGGCAGAUUCUCGCGGAGACGAGAGCCCAGCGGCGGGAGCUUGAACGGCGAGGCGAGCUUGAGCUUGCAGCGCAGGAGGUAGCGUGA